AUGGAGACAUGCAACAUUGGGGCUGCCGGCCGUGCUGAUCAGCGCAUUGCCGCCAUAGAGGGCGAGGCGCUGCUACAUCGGCUGUACGCUUCCGAGCCGCACCUUGUGGGCGGGCCUUCGGCGCCGUGUGCAACGCCCGCCGCGCAUCUGGGCGGGCAGUGCGCGCGCGGGGCAACUUUUGACCCGCACGACAGGGCGCCUGUGCUUGUGCUUGAUACGCGUCUGUGCAGCGGCGAGGAUUUGCACCUUGUUGGAUCUAUUCACAUCCACGUCUCGUGUCUGCUCCUGCGGCGCAUGCGGCGCACACUGCAGGAACACAAGGCACUGUGCGACAUGGACGCGGGUCUUGCCUUUUACAUCCAGCAUCCACAGGCUCUUGCACGCCUUGAAGAAGUGCGGCGCAUGAUGCGUGGCAUGCUUCCUGCGUCGUACGGCGCGCGCCCGAAUUUUGACGCCCUUUUCGAUACCUACUGGUUCAUGGAUACUGUCGUGCUCUUUGACGACGCCGACCUAUCGCCCGAGCAUACCACCUGUUCUGGGCACGUAUUCCUCCAGUUUUUAGAGGCGUGGCAGGCGUCGCGUGCGCAGCUUGCCGAUGCCGAUCCAGUCUUGCGAGCAGGCCGCCGCGGUCUGUACCAUAUCCAGGGCGGCGCCCGCGCAUUGCAGGCCAUUCCAUGGAGCGCGCCAUUUUUUCGCGAGCUGCGCACGUCGCCCCAUGCAGCGCGUGUGUGUGACGUGGAAGCGCCACACACAAGCAAGUUUAACGCGCUGCCGAUGCUCGACACCUCGGCGCGAUCUGCCCCCAUCUCUGCGCCGCACUCGGCGCAUCCGCAUCCGCAUCCGCAUCCGCAUCUGCCGCCGCCGCCGCCGCGUCCGAUGCUGCCCCGGAUCGACACACAGCCAUAUGGAGGCACGGCUCGGUCGCGGCAAGAAUACGCGCUUGCACCACUCAAUAUGAACAGUAUCCACGCGUACACAGGCAGCGAAGCGCCGCGCACGCCGCACGGCAGCGCACCGCCCCUCGCGAUGCCCACCACGCCCCCUGAUUUGCGCGCAUUGCAGAUCUCGACGGCCAUUCCCCGCUUUCUGUAUUUCGGCGCGAAUAUCGGAUCGGACACGCAUGUCGAGCAGCUCAAGCAGCACGGUGUCUGUGCUGUGCUGAACACGGCGUACGAGAUCGACGACGAUGUCAAGGUGCAUUUUCACGACUACCUCCAGCUUCCCUUGCGCGACAUUGUUGAGCAAAGCGGCGUCCAGCGCUCGCUUCACCAGGCGUGUGCCUUUAUCGACCACGCGCGGCUCUAUUCCCAGCCGAUCUAUGUGCACUGCCGCGCGGGCAAGUCGCGCUCUGCCAUGGUCGUUAUGGCGUACCUGAUUUAUGCAUACCGCGUGCCCUUCCAGCAGGCAUAUGCACACGUCGCUGCGUGCAGAGAGCACGUUUCCCCCAACAUCGGCUUCAUUGCCGAGCUGAUGCACUUUGAGCGUGAUGUGUUGCGUGCAAGUAGCGCCCGCGCGCCCGCACUGAAACGGCGGUCCAGCCUCUCGCCGAGCCAUCAUUCGCACACGCACGUCGCGGGGCCUGCCGCGUAUGCCGCCUACCGCGCAGACCCAACUUGGGGAGCCGACACGCCCAAUUUUGCGCCCUCGUUUGACACAAUACAUGACCCUUCGAAACGGAAUACAAUUGCAACGCUGAGCCCCUCGCAGAGCACAUACGAAGCGCUGCGUGAUACGUAG